AUGGCCAUCAAAACCGACGAAAUGCUCGCAUCCCCCGAGGAGCAUCCACGGUGCGAGUUCCCAUGUCUGGGGGCACUACCGUCGAAACCAGAGUGGCUUUGCCAGAAGCUGGAUGUCUCGAUGGGCAGGCUACUGACGGAGGCGUGCGCGCAGUAUGAUACCACGCUCGACUUCGUCCUGGGAACCAUCUGGGCAAUUAUCCUCCAGCGAUUCACAUUUGAUGAGCGUGUAGGAUUCUCAAUCCUUCAUCGAAGGAAGUCGGACGCGGCAGCAAAGACGCAGUUGAAGGAACCAGCUCAGCUCGCAUACAGUUGGAGGACCUUCAUAAACCGGGAAAGACCAAUAGGGGAAUUGAUGAAGGUUUCAGGGUGGAAGCAGUUGGCGUAUGAUCCAGAUAUCGAUUCGUUCAACACCUCAAUUGUGAUCGAUGAGGACCCCAAUAUAAUUCGACAGGCGUCCCAGAUCAGUAUGGUAGUACAAUGCUGGCCGACUGCCCCAGUUGUAUCUUUGGCCUUUUCCACCGCCCACCUUAAUCCUACCUUCGCUGUGGUGGUGGCCAGCUCCAUUCAGCAGUGCACCAUGCGACUGUUGAGUGUCCAUGAUCUCCACGCUGGUGAUAUAGACCUCUUCUGUCCGAUACAACGGGGCACUGUAACGCGGUGGCAAGGGGUCCCGUCAGCUCCCAAGCAGUUCAACUUCAUGUUCGAGGUCUUGGAUCACCAGGCCAAGCACCGCCCCUCUGACGUUGCAGUGGAUGCAUGGGAUGGACGGUGGACGUACCAGGAGCUAGACGAUGCCUCAUCUCGCUUGGCAGGUCGACUGGCAGCGCAGGGGGCUGGGCCGGGGGUGUUCGUGCCUGUAUGCUUUGACAAGACAUGCUGGGCUGUCGUGGCAAUGCUGGCCAUCAAUAAAACGGGGGCAGCGUUUGUCCCCAUUGACCCUUCAUACCCAGCGGAGAGACGGCGGAUAAUCCUUCAGAGGGUCGCGGCCUCAGUGAUCCUGACCUCAGAAGACAACGCUAUACUCUUCCCCAGUUCUCCCAAGAUGUCUGUUCUAAUUGUAUCUGCCACCACUGUCGCGGCCUCCGCUGCCUCGCCGUAUUGCACCAACGUCCAAGGCGAGGCACCGGCGUACGUGCUUUUCACGUCAGGAAGUACGGGGGAGCCGAAAGGGUGCGAAAUAUCCCAUUCGGCAUUUGCAAGCCUGGUUGAUCAGACGGGUGCUUUGCAUAUUGGGCCCGAAUCACGCACUCUACAGUUUGCGUCCUACUCAUUCGGAAUGUCGGUGAUUGAGACCUUCUGCACCCUGGUCGCUGGCGGGACUGUCUGUAUUCCGUCAGCCGAGCAACGCCUAAACAACCUCGAAACAGCCAUAAGAGACAUGAGGGUCAAUUGGGCCAUUCUGACACCAACAGUGCUGGCUUCACUCAAACCCGAGGGCCUCCCACAGCUCCGGUUUGUGCUCGUAGCAGGAGAGGUUUCGACCCAGUCCGAGGUGGAUAAAUGGACCGCGGCUGUGGAUGUGCGCAGUGCAUACGGCCUCACUGAGUGGACAGGAAUCUUUUCCGUGUCCGAUAGAAUUACUGGUGACGGCGGAGCGCAGCCAACGAUAGGAAGGCCAGUCAAUGCGCAUGCGUGGCUCGUGGACCCAGACAAUCCCUCUCAGCUGGUCCCCAUUGGGGCGCCUGGAGAGCUGGUGAUCAAGGGCCCCGGACUUGCAGCAGGAUAUCUGCAUGAUUCCGUCAAAACAGCAGCGUCCUUUCAGCCGGAGCUUCCGUGGCUUGCUGAGUGGCGGUCGGUUCCCGGCCAGCUGUACCGGACUGGCGAUAUCAUGCGGUACCGUGAGGAUGGCUCCCUCGUGUACCUGCACCGCAAGGACAACCAGAUCAAGAUUCGGGGCCGGCGGGUGGAGUUGGGCGAGAUCGAGCUGCAGCUCACGCAGGCCCUGGAAGCAGUGAAACGCGUGUUGGUUGUGCCAUGCAAACCGAAAGGCAGCCAUGACCUGACCGUGUUGGCUGCCCUCAUGGUUCUUCCUCAGCCCGGGGCCGCCCACAGACUGCACACUGGAAAGUACUGCGAGGAGGUACCGUUUGUGCUGCUCUCUAGCAAGGAGCUGGACGAGUUCCGUUGUGCGCGUGAGCGGCUUCGACAACGAUUACCGGAAUACAUGAUUCCUCAGUAUUUCCUCUCGGCCACAGGACUACCAACCACAGUCUCUGGGAAGACCGAUCGCCGCCGAGUUGGUGCCGUGCUGAACGGACUCACCGUGAAGGAGCUGAUGUACCUGGCUGGUAUUCAAGUAGAAAGCCAGCUCCCUGCCACCGAAAACGAGCGAUUGGUCGACGAAAUGGCCUGUGAGAUUUUAGAGCUUCCCUCGGUCAGCAUGCAGGACAGCUUCUUCAACCUCGCAGGAGACUCGGUGGCCGCAAUGAAGAUGGCCAGUCUUGCUCGAAAACACCAACUACAACUCACUGUGAGAGACAUCUUCGAGGCUCCCACUCUACGGGAUCUGGCGACUCGCGUCACCGGGAUAAGACAGGCGACGCACACAGGGGCGCCAUUUACACUCUUGCAAAACCCAUCGCAGAUUGUCGACGAGAUUGUCGAGCAAGCCAACGUUGAGCGUAUCGAGAUCAGUGACGCAUAUCCAUGCUCCCCGCUGCAGGAAGGGCUUUGCGCACUGUCAAUAAGGGACCCAAAGUCUUACAAAGCCCGUGUGAUUUGCCAUCUGCGACCUGGAACUGACCUGCAGGCGUUCAGAGCGGCGUGGGAACGUACGUACGAGAUGAAUGAGAUUCUCCGCACACGCUUUGUUGCUUCCUCCACCCAGGGCACAAUCCAGGCCGUCAUUCACAGGCCAUUCGAAUGGGACGAGGCAAGCAAUCUUACCCACUAUCUAAACUACAUUGAGAAGACGCCCAUGGGCUUGGGACAGCAGCUUGUACAUGCGUGUCUAUUGACCAACCAACCCGCAUUGGAUCACCCGGGCAUAUUCGUUCUGGCCCUGCAUCACGGCAUAUGUGACAGAUGGUCUAUACGGCAGCUCCUGGAGCAGAUAGACCGCCAGGUACGGGCAUUUGCACAGCCUCUUGCGCUGGACCGAAUUGAGUUCCGGCCCUUCAUUGAACACAUCACAAGGGCGAUGCCGACCUCUUACGAAUACUGGAAGAAGCAGUUCCACAACAUCGAGGCCGUGACCUUCCCAGAACUACCGGGUCCAGACUAUAGCCCGGUGGCGGACAAGCUCAUGCGAUAUGAUAUCUAUCUGCCGCCCCGUAACGAGAAGAAAAUCACAAUCGCCAGCUACAUCCGACUUGCCUGGUCGAUCGUGAUUGCCGACAAUACGAGUUUGGGCGAUGUGGUCUUUGGGGCUACUGUCAACGGCCGCGCAGCGCAGGUCAGCGGAAUAGAGACGAUAACGGGGCCAACCAUUGCCACGGUUCCCAUCCGGAUCAAGCUUGACCAGGACCAGACUGUGAUCCAUAGCCUUCGCAGUAUUCAGCAGCAGUCCGUCGAUAUGCUUCCGUGGGAGCAGGCCGGAUUGCAAAAUAUCCGAAAGUUGAGCUCAGAGGCAGAGCGGGCCUGCUCAUUCCAAAGUCUUUUCACUAUCCAACCCUACUGGGGCAUCCCUCCCAAGGUCUUUGAUUCUUGUGACGAAGGUGCCGCAGCCGAGGGAGGGUUUGCGUCGUACUCCUUGAACAUCGAGUGCUAUCUCAGCCACGAUGAGCGGCGAAUGCAAGCCAGGGUUGCUUUUGAUCCGCUGGUGGUGGCCCAAGGCCGGGUUCGCCGUCUCCUCGACCAUCUCCAGAUUAUCCUUAAGGAAAUCACCGCGCAGCCGGAGAGAAAGCUGUCAUCGAUAAGCCAUCUCAGCUCGUCAGAUAUGUCGCAGAUGUGGGAGUGGAACAAGCACGUCCCUCAACCCCCCAACCAUCUGCCGCAUCAUAUUAUCCAGACACACGCGCAUAAUACACCGAAAAGCCCCGCAGUGGCCGCGUUUGAUGGAGACUUGACAUUUGGGGAGUUGGAGGGGUAUUGCUGCCAGCUAGCUGGCGAGCUGAUACGGCAGGGAGCCGGCCCUGGUGUGCUGCUGCCCAUGCUAUUUGAGAAAAGUGUCUGGGCCGUCGUUACGAUGUUGGCCGUGCUCAGGAUAGGCUCUGCUAUUGUGCCCCUGGAUCCGUCGUACCCGAUCGAGCGGAUGGGCAUAAUCUGCAAGGACGUGGAGGCCCGCUUCGUCAUUUGCUCGAGUCAAAUGCGCCGAGUCGUUGAGCAAAUCGGACUGGACGCGGUUGUUGUUGAUGGGACUCGGGAUUUCUUUGCCAAAUCAGCGAGGAAGGAUGUACUGCCCCCCGUGAGUCUGCAUAGUGACAGCCCAUGCUAUAUGAUAUAUACGUCAGGAUCCACGGGUAUGCCCAAAGGGCUGUUGGUCAACCACGGCGCCAUUUGUUCCUCGAUGCUGGGAUACAUGCCAGAGCUCCAGGUAGAUAGCACGUCCAGGAUUCUGCAAUUCUCAUCGUUUGCAUUUGACGCUUGCUUCGCGGAGAUUUUCACCGCGCUUCUGGCUGGCGCAUGCAUUUGCAUUCCCUCUGCCACCCAACGGACAAACGAUAUCCAUGGUGCGAUGCGAGACCUGCAAGUUUCACAUGUGAUAUUAACCCCUUCCUCCGCCCGAGUGCUGCAGGCGGAACAGGUGCCCUCGCUAAAGGUUGUCGUACUGGUAGGUGAAGCAAUAUCUGCCUCCGACGUGGCAUACUGGGCCCCUCGUGUGCGUCUCCUCAACGCAUACGGGCCAGCGGAAUGUGCUCCAGCCUCGUCAGUACAAUGCAUUGAUGGAAGCGCCACGGUUCACCUGCGGGAUAUUGGCCAUCCCAGGAGCUGUCUUGCAUGGAUCUGCGACCCGCGAGAUUUUGAAGUUCUAAAGCCUGUCGGAGCAGUCGGCGAACUGUUGAUAGAGGGCCCAAAUGUAGGACUGGGCUACUUCAAGGACGCUGAAAAGACAGAUGCCGCCUUUGUGAAGCCGCAGUGGCUGCAGGCUCUGCGUGGAAAGACCGGCGUGCGAGCCUAUCGCACCGGCGACCUGGCCUGCUACACCGAAGACGGCCGGCUUCGUUACAUGGGGAGAAUAGACCAUCAGGUGAAGCUUCGCGGCCAGCGGCUUGACCCUUCGCACGUCGAGCAUCACCUCCUGCAGUGCUUCCCUGGCGCCACACAGGUUGCGUCGGUAGUUGCGGUCCCUAGGAAUGCGGCCGGCCGGCCGACACUGGCGGCGUUUAUCGUCGCAGACAAGGAGGCACACGCGGAGUUCUGGAGAGCACCAACGCAGGAGUUUCUGGAGCGUGCGGCGAAUGCGCGCACCCGACUGCACCGUGUACUGCCGGGGUACAUGGUACCAACACUCUUCAUCCCCGUAUCGUCAUUGCCCUGUUCAGCUGCAGGGAAGCUGGAUCGGCGUGCGUUGGAAAGCCAAAUCGGGAAUAAAACCUGGACGGAGCUGAGCCAGUUUGAUGGCAACGAACAGAGCUCCAUCGGCCGGGCUCCCUCGGAGACAGAGCGAUGUCUCCAGGCGAUCUGGGCCCGGGUGCUGGGCCUCUCUGAGCAGGCCGUGGGCCUUCGCAAGAGCUUUCUCGCGCUCGGGGGCGACUCAAUAACGGCGAUGCUUGUGGUGGCGCAGGCGCGAGGAGGGCGAGUAGGGCUGAACGUGACCGUCGACGACAUCUUUCGGUUCCGCACGAUUGAGCAGAUCACAGCACAGGCUGCAGCAAAAGCGGAGACCCUGCAGCAGGCAGUCUCGGACGAUGCGGUAGAUGUGCCAUUCAAACUUGUCCCCAUCCAACGGCUCUUUUUCCGUGCGCAGCAGCAACAGGCCCGGCACCGCUUCAACCACAAUUUGCUGCUGCAUUUCACCAAGCGCAUUGCGUACGAUCAGCUACAGGCCGCAAUCAGGAGCGUCGUCGAGGCCCAUCCUAUGCUUCGAGCCCGCUUCGUGCCCGUGGCAUCCGGCCUGGACUGGAAGCAACAGGUUCCAAGCAAGGUCGACGGGUCCUUUCGAUGCGAACACCAUGUCGGUGCCAGCGUGGCGAGCAUCCUAUCCGACAGUCAAAACAGCCUCAGUAUCACCGAGGGCCCUGUAUUUUCGGCAGACCUCAUUGACACCCAAGGGAGACAAUCUGUUCUUCUCGUCGCACAUCAUCUGGUCGUGGACCUUGUCUCGUGGACAGUGAUUCUACAUGACCUGGAUGAACUGCUGCGCGGGGGUGCCACUGCGGUACAAAGCUCGACCUCGUUUCAGGCCUGGUCUGCUUUGGUGGACAAGUAUGUUCAUGGCCAUAUCCGAGAGGCCAAGGUGCCAGACCUUCGGCCUUGGGAUGGGAUGGCGCACUUCUGGGGGGUGUCAACUGAGCAAAUGACCCAUGGCAACUGCGAGGACACGACGGUGCAGAUAGAGCAGGCAACAACAGAGCUGCUGUUGGGAGAUGCCAACAAGACGUUUGGGACGAAGCCCGUAGAGCUGCUCCAUGCUGCCCUGCUGUAUGGCUUCGUUCAGGCGUUUCCUCAGCGUCCUGCUCCCACCACAUACUCCGAAGCUCAUGGCCGGGAGCCAUGCGACGCAGCCACUGACCUGACACGCACCGUUGGCUGGUUUACUACGCUGGCUCCAAUCCUACUCCAGCUUGAUAGUCAGUCCGAUCUUGCGGAUGUAGUUGGCCAUGUCAAGGACGCUCGACGUCGACUGACCCGCAACGGUCUCGAUGCCUUCGCCAAUGCGCAGCAGGCAGGGAUUAUGGAGAUUGUAUUCAACUAUGGAGGACGCUACGCUCAACAGAUCCAGAGAAAGGGAGCCUUGUUCGAGAUAGAGUCCUUCCAGACGCUGGGCAUCUUCGACGCAGCAGGUGACGUGCGACGAUGGUCAAUGGUCGAUGUCAAUACCUUCGUUCAGGACGGCAAACUCACCUUUAUUUUCACCCACCCUCGAGGGCCCAGUCAGACCCGCAUCGUCUCUGCAUGGGGUGCGCAGCUGCUGAAUACGCUGAAUCGCCUGAGCACGGAAUUCUGCUCCGCUGCGCGAAUCUACACCCCGACAGACUUUCCCUUGCUCAAGGUGGAUAACGCGCAGUUGCAGAGGCUUCUAUCCUCCCUGACGUGGAUCAACCCAGCUUCGGAUAUCGAAAGCAUCUACCCCUGUGCCCCAAUGCAACGUGGAAUCCUCCUGAGCCAGGAGAAGGACCGGUCUCUGUAUCAUGUCACCAUGGUGUGGGGGAUCCAAACUGCGGGAGCUCCGCCGCCGUCUAUACCAAAGGUGAAGGCUGCCCUCACCCUGGUCAUUGCGUGCCAUACAAGCCUACGCACCGCCUUUGUGAGGUCUGUUUCAGAGCGUGCGCUGUACGACCAGGUUGUUACGCAGGACGUAUGCUCGCAGAUCGAGGUGGCGCACAGCCCAGACAAGGGGAUCGAGGGCCUCCUGGCGCGACAAAGCUCUCCUCUGACACCGGAGUGCCCAAGCCGGUUUACCAUAUACGUGGACCAAGACCACAGAGUGUAUAUUCGCUUGGAUAUCACGCACGCCCUAGUGGAUGCCACUUCGUACAACGUGAUCCAGCGCGACUUUUGCCUGGCGUACGACGGGCGACUCGACACCUUGCAGGCCCCGCCAUACGCCAACUUUGUAGCCUACUUGCAGUCGCGAGACACAGAGGAGGACCGGAUGUUCUGGGAAGAAGAGCUACGAGACGCCCAGCCUUGUCUGUUUCCUUCCCUCACCGAUCACCAGCCCGGGGACCCGGACGACAGCCUCUCGUGUACCAUUGAGCUACGAGCUAGCGACAAGAUCUAUGCCUAUUGCCGAUCCCGGGAUGUGACCCCGGCCAAUGUGUUUUCUCUCGCAUGGUCGUUGCUUCUUCGAGCUUAUGUGGGAUCCGAUGAGGUAUGCUUUGGCCUGCUUGCGUCUGGCCGUGAGCUGCCCUUUGACGGAGCCCCAGACGUUGUUGGGCCUCUCAUCAACAUGAUCACUGUUCGAACGAGCCUCGGCCACGAUUCGUCUAUCGGCGAAUGCCUGCAUCAGGUCCAUGCCAGCUACCUUCGCCGUCUGCAGCACCAGACGUACCCGCUAGCGGACAUAUCCCACCAGAAGAGAGACGCGAUCCUGUUCAACACAGCGUUGUCGGUACAGCGCGUCAUGGCCUCUGCUGAACCAUCGACCUCGACUUGCUUGAAGCUUGUUCAUCGUCGGGACCCGGUCGAGUACGCGAUCGCACUCAAUAUUGACAUGGAGCCGAGCCGUAUCACCGUGCAUCUGCGCCACUGGAUGUCCUCGCUGUCAACUGAGCAGGCCUCGCUGAUAGCGUCGUCGUUUGACGAAGCAGUCAACCAAAUCAUCACACACGAUCGCCUGAGCCCGGCUCAGCUCGAUUUACUGUCGCUGGCGGACAAGCGCCUCUUGCAUAAAUGGAACCGUACAUUACCAGCCUUUGACGAAGCUCCUAUCCAUACUACAAUCCAGCAACGCGUGUCGGCAACGCCCGAUGCUCCGGCCGUGUGCUGGACCAAGGGUUCAUUCACCUACCGCGAGAUGGGCUUGUUAUCGGAUCGUCUGGCCACCCACCUCCGGCGGCAGGGCGUUGCACCUAGGGCGCUGGUUCCACUGUGCUUUGACAAGAGCCCCUGGACUGUAAUUGCUCUGGUGGCGGUUAUCAAGUGCGGUGCAGCAUUUGCGCUUUGUGACGUGACCCAUCCAGACUCGCGACUGCGUUCGAUCUGCAAGGACCUCCAGAGCGCCAUUAUCCUUUGCUCUCCGGACCAGAAGGACCGCUGCAAGAGCAUCGCAGACAAAGUGGUUGUAGUGGGCGAGCAGAGCAAUGGCUGGCAGGAUGAGGCCCCAACCGCACCACUGGUCAUCGCUGGCACAAGAAGACCGCUGUUUGUCGUGUACACCUCCGGAUCAACUGGGAAGCCCAAGGGGGUCAUCAUUGAACAUCGGUCCUUUUGUGCUCUGGUGCACCAUCAGAUCUCGGUUUGGGCUGUGAGCCCGUCUGCACGCGUAAUGCAGUUUGCAUCUUAUGCCUUUGAUGCCAGCGUGUUCGAGAUCCUAUUCCCAUUGAUGUGUGGCGCAUGCACAUGCAUUCCGUCCGAGACGGAGAGACGCGACUAUCUCGAGGCUACCAUGCAGCGGUUGCAGGUAACCCACGCCUUUCUGACUCCGUCUGUAGCACGCCAGUUGUCGCCACUCGCAAUGCCUGAGCUGCAGGUUCUCGUCUGCGGCGGCGAGCCUCUCACCCACCAUGAUCUCAACCAGUGGGUCGACAAGGUUCGGUUCGUGGAGGCCUAUGGCCCUGCAGAGUGCACGGUCUUCAGUUCCGACCAGACCUCUCUGACUCGCUCCUCUCGCCCGAACGACAUCGGGCAUCCUGUUGCUUGCGUGGUCUGGUUGGUCGACCCGAGUGAUACUGAGCGUCUCGUGCCCGUCGGGUGCCUGGGAGAGAUACUAAUUGAAGGGCCUAUCGUGGGAGGAGGGUACAUCAACAAUCCGCAAGCUAGUGAGGUCGGGUUUAUAAAACCGCCUACUUGGCUUCUUGCAAUGCGACCAGCCCUCGACCCGCCAGCCAGGCUGUACAGAACGGGGGAUCUUGCGAGAUUCCACCCUGAUGGUCGGCUGGAGAUCAACGGCCGCAAGGACUCGCAGAUCAAAAUCCGCGGCCAACGGAUCGAAUUGGGCGAAGUUGAAUUCCACGUCAAGUCGUGCUUUAGCUCGGCCGUGGGCGUUACGGUCGAUGUGGCAUCUGCCGGUCCUGGCCAGACAGCAGCACUCUUUGCCUUCAUCUACCGUGGAAGUGCGGUAUCGUCUCUACUGCUAGCUAGCAACGUCCUACAAGAGGCAAACGAGGACUUUCUGGCGCAGGCGGCCGCAGCUUCUGCCACGCUGUUCGAACGACUGCCGGCGUAUAUGGCCGACCGCAGGUUCCUGAAGUCGCUUCUGCACGAUAUGACCAGCGAGGAAUUGAACAAAUACCGGCCCCUGAGCAAACGCCAGCAGCGCUUGCCCGCAUCGCCGGAGGAGCAGCGACUGCACGCCAUUUGGUCUGCUACCCUGGGCCUAGACGCUAAGCUCAUCGGCGCGGACGACAACUUCUUCCAGGUUGGCGGAGACUCUGUGAGUGCCAUGAAGGUUGCCGCCGUGGCCAGGCAACAAGGGCUGGGCAUCUCGGUGGCCGACAUCUUCGCCCAUCCCAAGCUGUCUGCCCUGGCUGCCACGGCGGAGAGCACAGCCCCUGCUCAAGUGUUUGAUCCUACACCGUUCUCUCUCUGCCCUCCAAGCGCCAAGGUCCUUCUACCCAUGUUGUUGAGAGCCCGGAACAUGCUCCAUCCCAAGACUACAAUCACCGAUAUCUUGCCCGUCUCGGACGGUCAGGCCUUCUUCCUAACGCGCGUGGCCCUGCACCAUUUUACCUUUGCUAUCGAAGGACCGUUACACGCUGACCGAGUUCGCCGCGCGUGUGAGACGGUGUAUCAAGCCUUUGCUAUUCUGCGCACGCUUUUCAUCCAAUGGCACGGUCAAAUCCUGCAACUUGUCCUUGACGAUAUAGACGUUCCCUUCCACCAUCUUCUGACAGAUUCCGAUCCUGCAGAAGCGGGGCGUGAGCUACGGGAGCUAGAUCGAAAAGUUGCCUCUGUGCUGGAUGAACAGCCGCCCUGCGCCUUUAUACUGAUCUCUGCUCGUAGUGGUGCACAACAUUCGCUUAUAUUCCGCUUGUCCCAUGCCCAGUGGGAUGGCUUGUCUCUUUCAGAGCUGUUUAGUGCCUUUGGCAAGGCCUACCACCGACAAGCAAUACCGCCGACCACGCCGCUCACCACAGUUGUCUAUCAUCGCCUUGUGCGCGACAAGACCAGGACCCUCUCGUUCUGGAGGAACUACCUUGGCGGCUCAACGAUGAGUUCACUUAUCGCCCCAGCACCUGCAGAGGCAGAUCUCCGCCCAGGAACGACCAUUUGGGAAAACACAAAUCUCCAGCCCGCGCCUGAGGCGCCAUCGGGCAUUACAAUGGCAAGCGUCAUCAAGGCUGCGUGGGCCUUGGUAAUCGCGCAGGAAAAGGGGUCCCGAGACAUUGUCUUUGGGCAGACGCUCAACGGGCGGAGCUCUGCGCUGCCAGACAUCGAGCGUGUCUACGGUUGUUGCCUCAAUUUUAUCCCCGUCCGUAUCCGGCUCCAGGAGGAAUCGACCAUCUACGAUCUUCUUCGCCACACGCAAGCCCAGUACCAGGCGACCGUCGCCCACGAUGAUAUCGGCGUAAAGACUAUUAUUGCCGAGGCCACCGACUGGCCUACUGACACGUAUCUCAAUUCAAUUGUGCAGCAUCAGAAUAUCCCCCUUCACCAUGUGAUGCCUCUUGAGGGCCUUGAAACCCACUUCACGCUCAACGGCUACUUCAGGCCGGGGAGGGAGGUCAUCAUCUUCACCGAGCCAUAUGGGCAUAUUCUUAGCGUCCAGUUCUGCGCAAAUCCGAACAUGAUCGACUUUUCCUACGCGCAAAAGUUGCAUCGGAAGCUUGUGGACCUGAUUGUGCACCUGUGCCGGUGCCCAGACGACCUAGUUUCCACUUUGCUGGUGCAGGGAAGAUGA